AUGCCAGAUGCCUGGGUCUCAGGCUUUGUGCUCACCUUGCUCUUCAGCCUGCUCUCCAGUUUCCAAUGAGUAAGUGCCAAUGAAGUUAUAUUCAAAUGUGACUCCAUAAACUGUACCAAUGGAUUCAGAUGCUGUGACAGUGGAUGCUACCUAAAGAAAAAUAAAUGGGAUCCUUCAAAUGACCCCUCUAGGAUCUUGUUUAUCCUCUUCAUGGUCAUGAUACCUCUCUUUUACAUCUGUGGCUUAGUGAGGCUCUUCUGUUGAAAGUGCAGAGAACCAGAGCAGAAUCUCAGAAUGAAUCAUCAGAUACCUCCAGAACCACCUUUCAUUGCCCCCCUAGACACAAUCUGGGUCACCACCUUGGAUCCCCCACCACCCUAUAGUCAGAUUAUUCUGAAGCCAACUCCCACAGAACCACCUCCUCCCUACAGCCUCAGGCCUCAGGACCCUGCUGACCAAAUGAGAGGCACUGACAACCCAACCUUUGAGUUACCUCAUCCACAAACUUCUUGGAUCAAGAGUAGGACAUUGGAGACUCUGGAAUGA